AUAGAAGUCGGUUUAAGACAUUGGAAUAUUCAUAGUUAGUCCUCUAUUUAUUUAUUCCUUUAGUUUUUUUUGUACUUUUUAUUGUUUUAAUUCGUUAUAUGCACUUUUUUUGCAUUUCCCACACUUUAAUGUUACAAAAAAAGCAGGCUGUCUUUUGACAUUAUACAAUUUAUUCCAUGGUUGACUUUUUUCUCAUUUUUAUUUUUUUUACUCUUUUUUAAAAAAUAGUUUUCCUUUGCUUUUUAUAUUAGAAUGGGUUAUUUACUUUUUAAUUUCUUCAUUUAUUAUAUUUUAUAUAUAUUUUUAAACCUAUUUUUCAUUUAGGUUUCUUUAUUUUACAGCAUUUUUUCAGCAUUUGUAACUAUUUUUUUCCAUUCUUUUUUUGCUUCCUUUCAUUUUUCAGUGCAGGCAAUUUUUUUAUAUUAUAAAUUUUAUUACCUGGUUUACUUUCUUCUCAUUUAUUUUUUUUCUCCUUUUUUUAAAAACAUUUUUUUUUUCACAAUUUCCCACUUUUUUUCUUACAAUGUUUUCAUAAAAGAAAUCCCAGAAAUAGAUAUAAUUAUUAUGGUAUAUAGUAUUACAUAUAUUAUAAUUAUUAAUUAUAAUAAGAUAAUAUUCCCUGUAUGAACAAAAUGUGAUUUAAAAUGCAAACUGAAAGGGAAAAAAGCUUGACACAUGAUUGGCUGAAACCGUGUAAAAUGAAAAUAGAGACAAAUACCCCCCCCCCCCCCCACACACACAAGUAUAUUUAAAAAAAGGAGUACACAAUAAGCAUAGCCAAUAGGAAAAAGGCCUCCCAAUCUUGAGGAGGGACAAGGGUGGUGGGAUUCAAACUAAGUCUGAAGGCUUUCCAGUCAGUGGAACACUUUCACACACACCCACGUACACACACCCACACACACACUCACACACACACACACACUGAGAGCUGAGCUAUGGUCUCACUGUCUUCAAGCUGUGGAGCCGCCCUCUAGAAGCCAAGAAGAGACAAAACAAUGACAGACAGCUUAGAAAUCAAAAAGCCUGAGGAUACUACAGACUUUGUUGUCAUGGAAACCGGAGCCUGGCAGCGGACACAAGGACCGCCGAUGGUGGAAUGACCUGCCCUGACCGCAUCCUCCACACGCUACCGUCACGCUGUGCAACUGUGCUGAGAGAAUGCUUUGGAGAAUAACCAUCCCAGUCCUACUGGCUGGAGUGCUCUGCAUCACCGUGGAGACCAAAAAGCCCCGCCCCCAAGGCUACAUCCCGUCCCCGUACAAGACGAAAGGGAACCUGUCCUCGGAGCGCCACCACCGGCUACUCCAGCAGAAACCCGAGGUGCUCUCCUCCAGCCGGGAGGCCCUGGUGGUGACGGAGCGUCGCUACCUGCGUAGAGACUGGUGCAAAACCCAACCCUUACGCCAGACCAUCAGCGAGGAGGGAUGCCGGAGCCGCACGGUGGUCAACCGCUUCUGCUACGGCCAGUGCAACUCCUUCUACAUCCCCCGGCACGUGGGUUCCCAGAGUCGAGGAAAAGGCUCCGGGACCGGAAGAAAAGGCAACAAUAAAAGCCAGGAACCGUUUCAGUCGUGCUCCUUCUGCAGGCCGCACCGCGUCACGCAGCUCACGGUGCAGCUGGAUUGCCCUGGCCUGCAGCCGCCUUACCGGCACCGCAAAGUGCAGAGAGUCAAACAAUGUCGCUGCAUGUCGGUGGACGUGAGCGGACAUGGAAAGCUGUGACGGCGGAAGUGGGAAUGCCGCUGCAAGGAACUGGUUCUUGUACCUCUUUCGAUGAAACACACAAUACCGCAACACUGAUUGAAGACUACAGGACAUGGUGGUACUUGGUUUGGACUAGACGUUGACUUUACAGCCUUAUAGUCCAAAACCACAAAAAAAACUGUUGGAGAUGUCGCCUGGACUUCUUAUUUUAUCUUGCUUUUCAGUGUCCUGAAUGCAACACGAUAUGUUUUUACUGUUUGGACACAAGACUGCGAACAAAAGACAAAAAAAAACAUACAGCUCAACUUGUCACCAGGAUUUGGUGGGAAAUUAAGCAAAGUUUUGUCAAAAUAUGAUAUAUUCUAUAUAUCAUAUUCACACAGCUCAGAAUACCAGAAUAUCAUUUUCAUACAGGGGUGCAACGAUAUGACGUAAUCACGUUUUGGUACGUACCAAAUGUCAAUUUGGUUUCUUCUGGGUACAGUAAGGGAAUACAAUGCAAAACAUAGAUUUUUUUAUGUUUUAAUGGUAAGAUUUUAAUUAUAUUUAAAAUGACACAUUAAAAAAUUGCAGUUAAUUAAUAAUAUUAAUUAAUUUAUAAUUUUUAAAAUUAAAUUAGAAAUAUGUUUUUAUAAAAAUAAAAACAUAAAUGUAAUUUAUGUUUUAAUGGUAAGGUUUUAAUUAUAUUUAAAAUGACACUUAAAAAAUUCAGUUAACUAAUAAUAUAAUUAAUUAAUGUAUGAUUUUUAUAUUAAAUUAUAAAUUAAUUUUUAUUAAUACAAUUAUAAAAAUAAAAAAAAUGAAUUCAAAAAAUAAAUAAAUUCAAGCUCCUUAUUGCCUAAAUCAGGGGUCGGAAAACUUUUUGACUCAAGGGCCGCAUUGAUUUAACAAAAGACUAUAUAUUUUACACAUAUAAUAAUUCAUAUAAUAAAACAGUUCAUCUGGAAUUAUUCUAUCUGUAAAAGUGUCAUGCUACCUGCUAUAUGUGCUUAUGAAAAUAUUUUUUUUUAAAUAAAAAAAGCUACCUAACCCAUCAAAAGGUUGGCUCAAGCCAGGUUGUGUGUUGAACGGGCGGGCCGUAUUUAAACACUUGGCGGGCCGAAUGUGGCCCCCGGGCCGUAGUUUGCCCACCCCUGGCCUAAAUGUACAAAUUCUCCAAAGAUAAAGUUGUACUGUUUCAUUAACAUAAUGAAUCUUAUGUUAAUCUAAACCAAAAUAAUUAAUCUAAUCUGAAAUUAAAUUAAAAUUAUAUGACAAUGUCAAAAUUAUCGAAAUAUUCAAAACAAAACAAAAACCUUUAAAUAUGUAACUUCUUAGCAUACUGUAUUUACAUUGGAAUGUUUUUAGCCAUUUCAACAAAUUGUGGGUUUUCAAGCUCUGGCUUCCCCUUGGCAUCAUCACUACUGCGUAGACACCUGCUACAAAGUCAUGUAUCCCGGGUGGGAACACUGUACACUUGGGUACCGUACCAUAAAUCUGUUUACAUGUACCGUUCCACCCCUAUUUUCAUAACAUAACAUUCUUUUUGAAUUGAGAAGCUCCCUUUUUUGUCCAUGUGAGAAGAGACCGUCCAUGUUUAGUCAAAGUGCAAUGCAAUAUGUUAUACAGUAUACACAUUUUAUCUUUGUGUGCAUAUGUGAAAAAUACAGUAUAUGAAUAAAUCUAUUUCAUGUGAAUUUAUAAUUUUUUUUUUUUAACAAGAAAAAAAAAAUUACACCCAAGUUAAAAUGUAAAUAAAUUCUUUUAUUCAAUAAAUAUAUCUUUUCACCGUCAAAAACAUAUACGGAAUGUCACAUGAUGCUCGUGUUUGGUUAGCAUAUCACACUGUAGAGCUGCAGAGGAUUUAACGCAUAAAGCACGCU